CCAUUAAGUUCAGUAUGUUCUAUUUUAAUGUUAUAAAAAUUUUAUUGCCUCUUUAUUUAGCUCUUAUAGAUGAAGUAAUUCGUUUCAAUUGACAUUAAACAGUCGUUGGAGAGAACAGUAUGUUAACAGAUCGGUAAAUAACGAAGGAGAAGGAGACGUUAUAAAUUAAGAGGCUAUUGACAAAAUCGGUUUAUUAGUCCACACACAUGAGAAAACUAUGCGCUUUGUUAAUCGCUCUGGUAUUACCAGAGGGAAUUUUAGCUGAAAACGACUGUAAUAAAGGGCAUGUGGAUAGCAGAAUCAUCGGCGGAAAUGAGACAGAUGCAGAUCAGUUUCCUUUCUAUACAGCUCUUGUAUCUGCUUCACGACUCAAAUCAAAUUCAGGAAAAUUGACGGUUGUUUGUGGGGCAGCUUUAGUCACAUCCAAUAAGCUUUUAACUGCUGCUCAUUGCUACGAAGAUGGGGAGGAGAAACCUCGCAAUUGGAUGAGUCAGUUAUCCGCAGUAUUCCAACUAAGAGAAAGAUGCACCCGCGAUUAUAAUAGUUAUUCCCUGAUAAUACAUGUCCAACUGCAUCCUCAGUAUAAUACUGAAACUACCAAUAACGACAUUGCCGUCGCUACUCUCCAGGACCACGUCCUCCUCCAACCCAUCUGCCUUGCACCUCCAAAUGACAAUGGUGUUUCAAAACCGGCCCUCAUUCUCGGUUAUGGCAUUACAGUAGAAAAAGGAGAAAAUUCUGCACCUUGCAAACUCCACAUGGCACUCAUCAAGAUUUACGAUAUGAAAGAGUGCAAGAAAACAAAGGUUGCAAGAAGCGUCGAACGAGUUUCACGCGUACUAUGUGCCGGGGUUGAGUCUGGGGCACAAGACGGCUGCCAUGGCGACAGUGGAGGUCCUAUGGUAAGGCUUUUAAAUAAAAGUCUUGUCCUGCAAGGAAUAACAUCUUUUGGGAUAGGCUGUGGUCGGGCAAACACUCCCGGUGUGUACACCGAUGUUUCCGCUCACAGGACAUGGAUUGACGAAAACCUCAAACGAGUUAUAAAACUACGCCCCUCCAAAUCACCAAAGCCUGGUAGACGACCGCAUGGUGGACAGCACGGGAGCAGUGGCAGUAGUAGACCGGUGCUGUCCGGGAGCACUCAAGUCCCGCUGCCAGGGAUCAGUGGCAGCAAUGGACCAGUGCUGUACGGGAGCAAUGUAGGUUCGCUCCCCGGGAGCAGUGGAUAUCAUUCUGUUAGCAUUGAUGGAUCGGGGCUGCCCCAGAGCAGUUCACACCCGAUUCCCGUGAUCAGUGUACAUCAGUAUAGUACCAGUGGUGGACAGGGGGUGCCCGGGAGCAGUGGGUAUCAUUAUGUUAACAUUGAUGAACCGGGGAUGCCCGAGAGCAGUUCACAUUCGAUGCCCGUGAUCAGUGUACAUCAGUACGGUAGCAGUAGUGGACAGCGGUUGCCCGGGGGCAGUGGGUAUGUGUAUAGUAGCAGUAGUGGACCGGUGUUGUCCGGGAGCAGUGGAAGCCGACCCCCUGGGAGCGGUGGCUAUAAUUAUUAUGACAUUAGUGGACCGGUGUCGUCCCAGAGCAGUUCAUACCCGUUGCCCGGGAUCAUAGUACAUCCGUAUAGUAGCAGUGGUGGACUAGUACUGACCGGGGGCAGUGGAGGCCAGCUGCCCGGGAUCAGUGGAGAGAAGUAUAGUAGCGGUGGUAGUCAGUAACAGUAUGGGAUCAGUGGCUGAUAAUUAAUAGUCUCUUUGUCCACUAAAAAUUCAUACUUAAAUUAUAUAUGUAGUAUUUGAUUUUAAAUUGUUUACUAAUGAUAUGCCAAUUUUUAAUAAAAUAAUUGUGUUAUCGAUAGA